UGCUGGUAAUACAUGCCGCAAGCUUCCCGCAUUGUCAUCCCAGCAUCACUUCUAUAGCUCGCUGCCAUGUCAAUAAGAAGUAAUUUCGUUAGGCUGCUGAAGAAGCAAGUCAAUAUCAUAAAGCUUCAGAAGAAAUGUUCCCACUCUGUGGCUGUGAUCGGGGCACCCUUCUCCAAGGGACAGAAAAGAAGAGGAGUGGAGCAUGGACCCGCAGCCAUAAGAAGUGCCGGUUUAAUUGACAGACUAUCGAAUUUAGGAUGCAAUGUAUGUGACUUUGGAGACUUACACUUUUCCCAAGUUCCUAAUGAUGAACAGUACAACAGCAUUGUUAAACAUCCUCGUACUGUAGGACUUGCCUGCAAGGUGCUGGCCAAAGAAGUGGGCAAAGCAGUGGGAGCCGGGCAUACCUGCGUAACCUUGGGUGGAGAUCACAGUUUGGCUUUUGGAUCUAUCACUGGCCAUGCCCAGCAGUGCCCAGACCUCUGUGUAAUUUGGGUGGAUGCCCAUGCAGAUAUUAACACGCCUUUGACAACUCCAUCAGGAAACCUGCAUGGCCAGCCAGUGUCGUUCCUACUGAGGGAGCUUCAGGAUAAGAUACCACCAAUUCCUGGUUUUUCUUGGGCAAAGCCGUGCCUAUCAAAAUCUGAUAUUGUAUACAUUGGCUUGAGAGACCUGGAUCCAGCUGAACAAUUUAUUCUAAAGAAUUAUAAUAUCUCAUAUUACUCAAUGAGACACAUUGAUUGCAUGGGCAUAAGGAAAGUCAUGGAGAAAACUUUCGAUCAGCUUCUGGGCAGGAGAGAUCGGCCAAUUCAUUUAAGUUUUGACAUUGACGCUUUUGACCCAGCCUUGGCGCCAGCUACAGGAACUCCUGUCAUUGGAGGACUGACUUACAGGGAAGGUGUCUAUAUCACAGAGGAAAUUCACAACACAGGAAUGUUGUCUGCCUUGGAUCUUGUAGAAGUAAAUCCAGUUCUUGCAACCACAUCAGAAGAAGUCAAAGCCACUGCAAACCUUGCAGUGGAUGUCAUUGCUUCUUGUUUUGGCCAGACGAGAGAGGGAGCUCACACUAGAGCUGACACUAUUAUAGAUGUCCUACCUACACCCAGCACAUCAUAUGAAUCAGACAAUGAAGAGCAAGUGAGGAUUUAGAAAUGAUCAGCAUUCCUCCUAUUGUGCAUUCCAGAACUGCAAUACAACUCUUGAGGAUGGACACAAUUUGACUGUUGCACUCCAUGGAGAUAACUGUUAUUUUUGUACGUUAUUCCUUUUUAAAUUUAAUGAUCUUAAUGAUCAAAUUAAAGUUGAGGGUUAGACAAACAGGUCUAGGCACUUAUAUAUUAUUUGGUUUAAUGGUAAGGUAUAUUUAAGCUUGACCAAUAUGCACAUCUAAAUCUAGAUUUACUGAACAUGUUUUGUAUUUUUUGUGUUUUUUUGCAAGAAAUAUUAAGGGGGUUGUUGCCCUAAUUGUAUUGUUGGUCCCUAAUUGAUUAAUCUUAAAGCAAGCAUGAAAUAUUAAAUAUUCAUUAAAAAAAUGAAAAAAAGACAUAUAAACUUUUGAAUUUCCGCUAUUGAUUUAAACAUGACUAAUAAAAACAUUUUAUUAA